AUGUAUGAUGGCUCUAUGCUCAGAAAGCCCAAGUUAAGUGGAGUAUCCUACCAUGAAGUAAUUGAAGGUGAAGUAGAAAAGGAGUUAAGGUGAAUAAAGAAUGGGAAAGCUGUUGGUCCAGACGAGAUUGCAGGGGAAUUGCUCAAAUAUGGUGGGCAUAUGGUGAAGGAGAGGAUUAUUGAGCUCAUUAUGAAAAUGUGAAAAGAAGAAGAGAUACCUGCAUAUAUGAAACAAGCGAAAGUUUUUCUGAUACCUAAGUGCGAAGGAGAUGUUAGACCCCAAAAUUUACGGCCGAUAACUGUUGUGAAUUCAGUUUUUAAGCUCUUUGAUAAAGUCUUUACCAGCAGGCUAACACAAGACAUACUAAAUAAAAAUAUCAUGCACCAAUCUCAAGGAGGGUUUACCAGGGACAGGUGCUGUAUUGAUCAAAUUUUUAUUUUGGAGACUAUAAUUGAAAGCAGAAGGAAAGAGGCAAAAGAUACUUAUUGUGCGUUUUUGGACUUGAGAAAAGCUUUUGAUUCUAUUGAUAGGAAUAUUUUGAUUGAGACUAUGGUAAGCAGAGGGGUAGAUAGAAAAUUGAUUGCGAUAGCUGCAGCGAUGAUGGAUGAAGAAGAGAGUAUGGUGGUCAUGAAUGGUGAGCUCUAUGGGCCAAUGAAAAUCAAGAGAGGUGUGAGGCAAGGCGGCUGCUCAUCUCCAGUAUGUUUCAAUUUCUUUCCUAAUGAAAUUGAUGAUAUUGGAUUAGGUGUGCAAAUUGGAGAGGGAAGAAGAGUUGGAAUUUUACUUUAUGCUGAUGAUAUAGUUCUAAUUGCUGAGAAUGCAGGCAUGUUGAGGAAACUAAUUGAUAUUGCAGAUAACUGAGCCAAGAAAUAUUGCAUUAAAAUAAACCAGGAUAAAUCGGAAAUAGUUGUAUUUGGUAAAUCGAAAGUGAAAUGGAUGCAAAGAUUGAAGGAGUGACUAUGCAGGAAACACAAAGCUAUAGAUAUCUUGGAUUUAUAA